ACCGGCCAGAGGAGGGUCGGCGGCGCGGCCCGCUCACCCUGAGGGAGAGGGGCAGUCGUGACCGCUCCCCAGGGCGGCGGGUGUCUUUCGGGUUUCCGCCCUGCGGGACUCCACAUCACGUCGCGGACUUUGCCCUCUGGGUCCAAUCCUGAGAUCGGGCGGUGACAGCACCGCUGGGAUUCCCAUGCCCGACCCAGGCACGAACGGGGUCUGCCUUCGGAACUUUCUUUACCUGUCAUGGCCCUGGUGGGGCCCCCACCACAGCCCAGGGCCUUUGGGUACCCAACUAUCGCCUUUCCCACCCUUGUUCCUGCGGGGUGCCCUCGCAGUUAUCUUCACCUAGGAACCUUCUCUCUCCCCCAAGGCUCAGUUCAGAGAUCACUUCCCUCGAGAAGCCCCCCCCCCCAAACCUAUAGGUGGGCAGCCGCUUCCAGGCGCUGCCUCAGCUCUUUCUUUGCCUACAUUUAGUACCUGUGGAAAAGGAGCCUUCAUCAAAGUUCUUUCUGGGUUACCUACCCGUAUGCAGCCCGGAUUUCACUAACCGAUUGCUGGGUGGCCCCAGAACCCAUACAGGGCUGCCCAGCCUGGGGAGAGGGGUGGGUGGUGGUUUGGGCUCAUGCUUGAUAUUCCUGUCACCUACUCCAGUACCUACAAACCCACAGGCUCCAAGCACAGGGCCCGGGCAGCUCCAGACCCCCCUCCCCUCUUCGAUGACACAAGCGGUGCUUACUCCAGCCAGCCAGGGGAAUAUCCAGCCCCAGGAGCCGACGUGGCCUUCAAUGUCAACCACUUGCUUGGGGACCCAAUGGCCAACGUGGCUAUGGCCUAUGGCAGCUCCAUCGCAUCCCAUGGGAAGGACAUGGUGCACAAGGAGCUGCACCGUUUUGUGUCUGUGAACAAACUCAAGUAUUUUUUUGCUGUGGACACAGCCUAUGUGGCCAAGAAGCUGGGGCUACUGGUCUUCCCCUACACACACCAGAACUGGGAGGUGCAGUACAGUCGUGAUGUGCCUCUGCCCCCGCGGCAAGAUCUCAACGCCCCUGACCUCUAUAUCCCCACCAUGGCCUUCAUCACCUACGUGCUGUUGGCUGGGAUGGCGCUGGGCAUUCAGAAAAGGUUCUCCCCGGAGGUGCUGGGUCUGUGUGCGAGCACGGCGCUGGUGUGGGUUGUGAUGGAGGUGCUUGCCCUGCUCCUGGGCGUCUACCUGGCCACCGUACGCAGUGACCUGAGCACCUUCCACCUGCUAGCCUACAGCGGCUACAAAUAUGUGGGGAUGAUUCUCAGCGUGCUCACCGGGCUGCUCUUCGGCAGUGACGGCUACUACGUGGCCCUGGCCUGGACCUCGUCCGCGCUCAUGUACUUCAUCGUGCGCUCUUUGCGAACAGCAGCCCUGGGCCCCGACAACAUGGGGGGCCCAGCUCCCCGGCAGCGCCUCCAGCUCUACCUGACCCUGGGAGCUGCGGCCUUCCAGCCCCUCAUCAUAUACUGGCUGACCUUCCACCUGGUCCGGUGACCCCUGACCCCCACUGGCACUGAUUUUUUCCAUACAUUGAAGAUUUGAUUUCCUUGAUUGUA